CUAGCACUAAGGCACACCGCCUGACAACCGCCGCCGUUUCCUCGCAGCGCCGGCGCUCCAUCUUCUGCUCCGCCCCCUACUCGCGCUCGGCAUGAAGGCGAUGCUCCAUCUUCUGCUCCGUCCCCCACUCGCGCUCGGCAUGAAGGCGACGGAGGCGGCACUCAGGCUCGGGCUCUCAGCGAUGGCGGGGCAGUCCCAGGCUCGGCGGCUCCUCCUCCCGCCUCUCGCCAGUCGCCUCGCGCCCUCGCCUCCGUCGUCCGCCCACCGGCCGGUGACCCUGCGUAAUCUCCUAUCGCCGACCAUAGCUUCUCAAUGCUUGAGUGAAAAAUCAGUACACUAUCACAUAACAACAACACACUUCUCAACUGAAGCAAGUGACAUGGACCAUCCUACAGCUGCAGAGGAGAUGUACCAGAAAAUGUUGAAAUCUGUUGAAGCUAAGACCAUGCCUCCAAAUGCAUGGUUGUGGUCAAUGAUCGAUAGCUGCUCCAAUAAGGAGGACAUCAAACUUCUUUUUCAAAUUUUGCAGAAACUCAGAGUAUUUAGACUAUCAAAUCUUCGCAUCAGUGCAAAUUUCAAUGAGAAUCUCUGCAGGAAAGUAACUGAGGCUUGUGCUCGUGCAGGCGCCAUCGAGUAUGGGUUGAAGGCUUUAUGGACGCAUAAUGUCUAUGGAAUAACACCAACGAUUGGUUCUGCUCAUUAUCUACUGCAACAUGCUAAAGAGCAAAAUGACACCAAACUAAUGGAAAACGUAAUUCAUGUCCUAUCGAGAAAUUCCUUACCGCUGCAACCAGGCACAGCUGAUAUAGUCUUCAGCAUCUGCUAUAAUGCUGAUAGAUGGGAUUUACUCUCAAAAUACGGGGAGAGAUUUAUUAAGGCAGGUGUCAAACUGCACCGUGCUGCGUUUGACAUUUGGAUGGACUUUGCUGCCAAAGUUGGGGAUUCUCAAUCUAUUUGGAACAUUAAUAGUCUAAGAGGCAGGUCUGUCAAACAUUAUACCCUUGCAUCAGGUUUUGCAUGUGCAAAGGGGUCUCUGCUUGAUCGGAAUCCAGAAAAUGCCGCUGCCAUGAUUAAACUCCUUUACAAGCAUUUGCCUGAUCAGAAGAAACCAUUUGUGAAAGAUGAACUCGAGAAACUUAUUGCUGAAUGGCCUACAGAGGUGGUAAAAAGGCAGAAGAAAGAUAAUAGGAAGACAUUGGAGGAAGCUUUGAUCAAGGACAUCCCUACGAUGGUGGACUGCUUGACAAAGUUCGGCCUCGACAUCCCUGUGGAUCUGGACAAGCUCCCCACCCCACAGCUCCAAGUGGCGUAGCAAAAGAAGACGCACACGGCUCUCCAGAUGAUGUUACAACUGGAACAGUCUUAGAGUCUUGAGGAACAACAUGCAUUUUGGCACUGAUGCAGGCCGGAAGGCAGGCAGCGCAUAUUGAGCGUGCAGCCAUUUAGAUCCCAUUUGUUUGAUUGGUAACUGUAGUUGUAGCGCUCGCUCAGCUUCUGGAGUGGAGAGAAUAACAUGUGUAUGCCCUGUUUCUGUUGUGCGUUGACCGUUGAGGAUUUUUGAUAGAUAAUAGCAUGUUUUUAUUUGUUCUAAGAAGGAAAUGCCGUGGUAUCCUGGCAUUGUGUUGUUACCGCACUGAUUGCUUUGAAUUUGUACGUAUCAAACAACAAUACAUACUUGAGGUGAUAUUCAUCA